GGAUAUUCAUUGUCGGGAGUCGGGGUUCGUGGAGAGUUCUACUGACAGCAGGGUUGUGGAGUGGAAUGUCUUUUCCUUGGUCAUGUUGGGUUGUUAUCAGUUUUUCUGGUCGUUAUUUCCUUCUUCUAAUCUAACAGUCGAGGCUUUGGGCAUUCGUUUGUGAAGGAAUGACCAUAGCAGUCACAGCUGACACUUGUGAAAGUGAACAAGAGGAAGUCGACAUAGCAUAGACACUUAACUUCAAAUCAAAGAUGGCAUCUCGGGGACAAUCAGAGACGACAAAGUUGAAGCAGAACUUGGAGGAGCAGUUGGAUCGACUAAUGGCCCAGCUGUCAGAUCUGGAAGAAGCCAGAGAGGAAAUGGAUGACGAGGAGUACGAGGAGACGAAGCAAGACACCUUAGAGCAGCUGCAAGACUUCAAGGAGUCGCUCACCAAGAUGAUGGCCGGCAAUAUGACUCUUGUGGAUGAGCUUAACGGCAUGCAGAUAGCAAUCCAGGCUGCAAUCAGCCAGGCUUUCAAGACGCCGGAGGUCAUCAGGCUCUUUGCCAAGAAACAACCGGGACAACUGCGCCAAAGACUAGCAGAGGUUGAAAGAGAUGGCAAAGUGCAGAAACUCUCCCACGACAGCUACACACAACAGAAGGUGGAGAUCCUGUCAGCCCUCAGAAAGCUCGGAGAAAAAUUGACAACAGCGGAGUCAGAAUUUUUGGCCAGUAAUUCCAGUGAGGCCCUCAAUGAAUUUGAAAAGGUCACAGGAACUAUGGGCCCCAGCGAAAAGCUCCUUCAAGUUGUGGGUUCCCAAGUACAGCAGGCGAGCCAGUGAUCAAAUUGACAAACCCUGCUGUGGGCCUGGAAGACAGGUCUUAGCAAGAGGAACCUCUGCCAAGCUUUUCGGGGGGAGGGGAUCAACAUUUGGCCCUCCUACUCACUGCCGUUGGACCUCCUUCCCUGAUCAAUUUGCCAGGUUUCGCCUUGAGCUGCCUUUCUGCUGACAAACAAAAUUAAGUGGCGAGUUAAAGAGUCCUCAAAUAGAAACUGAAGAUUUACUUCGAUUGGAACUGUUAGCAACUCUUCUUUUUCUGUCCUUGCUGGUUGUCAGUUGUCCAAUUUAUGUUCAUUUGUGUGCCUGUUUCUUGAUCUACAAUCCUGGUAAAAUCUCGGUGGACCCCCCCCGGGUCCCCUCUCAAUGUUAGGUCUCAACGCGUGGUCUGCGCUCCAGCUUGAGAGGAAACAUUUACUGUGGGAGCGACGGACCUGGAAAGAGUAUGGAUAGUGACACCUGUCCCAACAAGUUUGUCCAGGAUUGUAGAUUACAUUUCAAAUGAUUUCUUUCAUAACUACCUUUGCAAAGAACCCAUAAGACACCUGCCACAGAUUAUGUCGCAUUAUUCAGCCCAUCUAUACACCCCCAUCUAUUUGUGGUUUUGUUUCAGCCACUGUUGCAAAAUUUGACGAUUGAUUAUACAUACCUAACUUUUCUUUCAAUAUUUUCCUUUUUAGUUUGGUUUUCUUUCUUUCUUUUGCGCUUAUUGAGUUCCAUGCAACUUCAGAAAAAAAGUAAAAGGCCUAGGUCAUUCGAAAUCAAUUGACCAACUUCUGCUCGGUCGUCUAACUUCUCAAGUAAGUUUCGUUCUGCUAAAGAAGUAAGUAGUUACUUGAGGGAGUAGAUUAGCCCUGCCUUUUUUGCACUUCGUACAUUAGGAUUUGUUGUUUGUUGCUACUGUCUUAGGUGCUCGGGGACAUUUUGCCCAAAACUGUUGUGCUGUUUUGAUUUAUAUAUUUUGAGUGUUAAUCAGCAUACACAGCAAUAUUCGUUAAGGACUUUUUUCCAUAAUUGUGUUUGACAACCAUGGUGUGUGUUAAUCCAAUGUAUGUUAAUCACUCAUAAAAAUUCAAUCCCGUACUGUCAGUGAUGUUUGUAAAUCUUUCAUUUGAUUUAACAUCACGCAAACUUCAAAUUUGAAAAACUUUGAAGUAGCAUUGUGUCUUUUUAUGGGAAUGUGUUAAGAUUUUAAAAUACUGUAUUUAAAAUGUCUUUUUUCUUAGGUUUCAACUUUGUGAUCUCCAGUUUUGUUACCCAUUUGGAUUUCCAGAGGAAAUUCUGCAUUAUUGGAUUGAAAAUGUAAUGCACCAAAGGAAAAUGGCAAUAUUUAUAAACUGUAAUAUAUGAACAGUAACAGCAGUACUGCACAUCAUUUCACUUGCAUUUUUUUUAUUGUCACAUGGGGUUUUUGAAACUGGAAGCUCUUUUACAUUGCUUUCAAAUGAUUUAAAAUCACUUUGAGAUUUUAUCAAUUUGAAAUUUCCUUUUUCUUGCAAGUGCUUUGUUUGGAAAUAAAUACUUCUGUUUAGAAGACGUAUAAGACGGAAAACUUA